UUUUGUUUUAUUUUUUAAUGCCCGAGGCACCAAACACGCCGUUCUGGUUAGCAGGUUGUUUUGUCCUUCUCGGUAUCACAACAACCACCUCCGAGGAGCAAUCAAUUCCUUUCCCCUGAUGCUUUGGGAGAAUGUCGUCCUCUCUCGGUACCCAUAAGGCUCUCGUCGCCCGGUCUCAUCCGCUGUUCUCUACCCCCCUUUCAGCUCUUCCACUGUAUCAAUUCCGGCGACGCGAUAUCUACCAUAUUUCCCGUGGCCACGCUUCAUCUUCCAAAAGUCAUGCUCGUCCCUCAUCCUCCGCCCAGCCAGCCACGUCCAAAGUCCCUUCUACAUCUUCAACUGCAACCACAUCUCUAGCCAACGAUGUCAACCCGCCGCCCAGCACACGCCCGGCCGAUCUCAACCUUCCAGACCCGGUUUCACGCUCGGCCGCAACGGCUGAUAAGCUAAAACGCUAUAUCGCAAUGGGUCGUGCGUACCUUUCUUUCUACAAAACCGGCCUCAAAAACGUUUACCAUAACUAUCGCGCCUCAUUGCCUAUCCGUCGCUCGCUCGGUCUUCCCGCCUACCUCCCUACCUCUCCUCCGCCCGCUCCGCCGCUGUCCAGUUCUCAGAGCAAGAAGAGCACUGCAUUCCGCAAAGCAAUCGAGUCUGUUGAACUCAGCCGCUCAAGCUUCCAAUUGGUCCGGCGCGCUGCCUACGAUGUCCGGCGCAUGAUCCCUUUCACUCUCAUUCUCAUCGUGUGCGGGGAGAUGACACCCUUGGCUGUUCUAGCCUUCGGGAACGCCGUCACGCCGUUCACCUGUCGUGUCCCUCGGCAACUUGAGAAGGACCGCGUGCAGCGAGUGGCCCGGAAACGCGCCGCUUUGGUCGCGCAGCAGGCGGCCAACAGUGGGUCAGUUACGCCGCCUGCCGCGGGGUCGGAUCUGGAGCUGGAUAUUCUGGUCAAGAUGUAUACAAAUCUGGAAUGGAUCGAGAGUGCCAGUGCUGAGGAAAUCCUACGCGCGUGUGCGGUCCUGAAUCUGGUGAAGACACAUACUAGACCUUCCACGUUACUGUCGCUGUAUCGGGCGAGGCUGGGGCGGUAUGCAGAGUACUUGUCUUUGGAUGAUCAGUUGAUUAGGCGCUGUGGGGGUGUUCGAGCGAUGGAGGGUGCAGAGGUCAGGAUUGCAGUGGAGGAGCGCGGUGGUGUUGGUGUGACAGAGGGUAAAGAGGGCUGGGACGCGGAGAGGGAUGAGAGACGCUGGCUGGAGAAAUGGCUAGAGAGGCGGUAGGUUGAAUUAUUAUAUGUACUAUACUGUAGAUUGAGUCUGUCUGUGUAAACUAGCGGGUCUAUUUUCAUAACAUUUAGAUACAGAUAUCUAGACGCAAACUGUUUCAAUUACCCUCAACGAUGGACUACUUAGCAAACUAUAGUCUAGUCAAUCAACAUGCAUUGACCAAUUACCAUAGCAAGCCUAAGUGCUGGUGAAAGGAGAGAGGGGGGGGU